AAUGACCAAUGGUAGAACGGCUUCUCCCUGUACACGGAACUGAUUGCAGAUUUCUUAGCCCAUGGCAGACCAAAAUGGUCAAAUUGAUCUUGGCCCACCAAGGGAAGCGGUGGCAGGUGUAGGCUUCCCAGCUCCUCCCCCACCCAUCUACGCCUGCACCCUGACUCCUGAACUAGUGGCCAAGGCACGGGAAGAGCUCCAGGAGAAGCCCGAAUGGAGGCUCCGGGAUGUCCAGGCAUUACGAGAUAUGAUACUAAAAGACCACCCUAAUCUGAGGACACGGUUAGAUGAUGCAUUCCUGCUGCGUUUUCUCAGGGCCAGAAAGUUUGAUUAUGACCGGGCACUUCAGCUACUCUUGAAUUAUCAUGCCAGCCGGAAAGCCUGGCCUGAGGUGUUUCAGGACCUGAAGCCCUCUACAGUGAAGCACGUCCUAGAUCUGGGUUUUCUCACUGUCCUGCCCAGACCAGACCCUCAUGGACGCUACAUACUGUGUUUACGUCAAGGUAAAUGGAAGCCUAAUGAUUACCCAUUUGUGGACAACAUUCGGGCAAUUUAUUUGACAUUAGAGAAGCUGAUUCAGCCUGAGGAAACCCAAGUGAAUGGAAUUGUUAUCCUGGUGGAUUAUACAGGAGUUGGCCUCUCUCAAGCCUCUAAUCCAGGACCACUUUUGGCAAAGAAAGUUGUUGGUAUCCUUCAGGAUGGCUUCCCAAUCAGAAUAAAGGCUGUAAACAUUAUAAAUGAGCCACGUAUCUUCAAGGGUAUUUUUGCAAUAAUUAAGCCAUUUCUGAAAGAGAAAAUGGCAGAGAGGUAUGUCCUUCACGGGUCAGACUUGGCCUCUCUCCAUCGAGUCAUUCCUCAGUCUGUGCUUCCUCAAGAGUAUGGAGGAGUGGCUGGAAGACUUGACAUGUCUGCCUGGUCCAGAACGCUGCUGGGGGCUGAGGAAGAGUUUGUGGUGGAGUUCUGUCAGCCUGAUCCUCUGGAGGGUGUCGUUAUGCCAGACUCCAUGCUGUUUGAGGGAGAGCAAGCUGGCGCACAUGGAGAGGACUCCUUCAGACAUCUACGUUCCCAGCUUUAUUAUUGUUACUGACCUCCUGAUAAUGUACAAUGGCUUCUUUUGAAACAUUUAUUUAGCUAUGACCAACUAUGUAUUCACAGGUCACCGGAUGAGUCUGACCGUUUAAAAUAUCUAGUACAGACAACCAUUUAGAUGCUGGAUAUAUUCUUAUUGCUUUGGCUUAAUCUGGUUACCAUGUGUUUAAAAAAAACUUGAUUCAAAAUCAUUUCCAGAAUACUCGUAGCCUUGGGUUUUAAUCUGUAUCUGUUACAAUGUCUAAAACAAUGUUCAGCACUACAUCAUUCUUAUUUUAUGCCACAAAUCAAAUAUUGCUUGCCUUAAUUUAGGGUGAAGGGAAAAUUAGAUAUUUAGAAAGGUUAACUAAAUAGAGAAUUUAGAUUGGAGAUAGUGGCUCUUAUCAAUUAUAUCCAAAGCAAUAACAAUUUGCAUUUUUUUUUUUUUUUAAAGCUUUAGAGAAUAAAAUAAUGACCAUGUUUAUUUCCAAUUUGUGGACCGCUCUAAAAUAUUGUUUUCCUUGUUUAUGUCUUUUACUGUUCGGGAGUGUGCGUUACGUUUUUGUACACACAAUACCGUUGUCAUAAGUUUCGUGAUAAGCUUUAAAAUUGGUUAGACAUCAGCUAGUGGUACAUGUAAAGCAUAUUAAGCUGAGGCCAGUUAGCUCAGUACACUUAUUUACAUCUCAACAACACAAUAUUUUGAACGUUAAGUGGCCAAUUCACAAUGUGUGUUUGUAUAUUGUCAUUUGCCAAAAUUGUUCAGAUGAAUAUUAACCUUUAAUGUUGUAUACACCUUGUAAAGAUAACUGGUUUGUUUUAUUUUAAGUGUUAAGGGAUGUCAUUUAAUUCUUGUCUUACUGAGCACAUUU